GCUGUUACAACAGUGGCUAUGGAGGUGGAUACAACAACUACAGGUGGUCCUGGUAUUCAUAGCCAAGGGAUAGAAACGAGAAGGUUGAGAAGAUGUGGAGCUGGAUGUAAGAAGAAAUGGAGGAAAGACAACGGAUUAAGAAGGAGAGAGAAGCAAUUAUUAAAAAGGAGCAGGAAGAGAAGAAGAAGAAAGAGGAUGAGGAGAAGCGACUGGCUGAGAUUAAAGACAAAGAAGAUUUCAAGACAAGUAUCGGGAAGAUGGUUGAAAGUCAGAUGAGGAGCGUAUGUGAAGAAGUUCUGGGAAGAAGAACAGGUGAAGGGGAACGACCUUUACUUGCGACAACUGCGGAGAUCUGUCGGCGGACAGAUGCCGAGGCGGCCAAGAGUCAAGACAAUAUUGAACUGCUUAGGAAGGACGAGGAGAUUACUAGACUGAAGCAGGCGAUGGCGGAAAUGCAAAGGCAGACCUCCCGUCCGAAUCAAUCAGAGCAAGAGCUAAUUUCGCUGAAGAUGGAUAACCAGCACUUGAUUCAGGAUGUUAUUAGCCUCAAAGAGCAAGUUGGUGAACUUGUCAGAGCGGUGAAACCAACGCUUGGGGGGACGGUGGCUGGUGGCUCGACGCCAACGACAGCUGAAGGAAUAGGGAAAACAAGGAACGAGCCCACCCAUGGGGACUACGUCAAGUUGGCUAAUGCCUACAGGAAGCUCAGAGACGAUAAAGAUAUGGCUGAGCAGGAGGUGCAAGCUCUGAAGGAGGGGAUUAACAAAAUUGGAGCUGCAACCACCACCCCUACGAGUGCUAAGAGAAAGAGGACUCUGCGAAAAAGCGUGUCUCCGCCUGCCAAUUUGCGUAUUCGGAUGAGUAAGGCAACUAGUCCAGCCAGGAAAGCGGAGACCAGUGAGAGGACGCAAGUGAAUGUGGAAUUUGUCAAAAUGAAGAACGAGACGUGUGAGGUUUUUAAGAAGAGAGUAUGCAUCGAGCUGUCGAAAUUGAAGAAGAAGGAGAUUGAGAAGCUAUGUGAGCACGAAAAGCUGGAAUACGUGACAAUUAGGACAUUUGCAGCAGAGAUUGCCGAUAUCUAUACAGAUCGGGCCUUUGGGAAACGAAACGAUCCUCCUACUAUCGACAACACCGAGGCAUCCCAAGAUUCCGAAGACGUGAUGAAGGAGGAUGCUGAGGCCAUCCAAAAGAAGAUCAUGGAGGCUAAUUUUGACUUCAAUGACUUCUUGAAGCAGACAAAAAUGAUGGCUAAAAUGGGAAGCAUGAGCGGCCUUCUAAAGAUGAUACCUGGCAUGAACAAGGUAACACCUCAACAGGUCAGAGAAGCGGAGAAGAGCUUGAAAAUAAUGGAGUGCAUGAUUCAGUCAAUGACUCAAAAGGAAAGAAGCAACCCUGAUCUUCUGGCAUCCUCACCAUCAAGAAGGCGACGGGUGGCAAAGGGCUCAGGAAGAACUCAAGAACAGGUGAGCCAGCUUGUUUCACAACUGUUCCAGAUGAGAAUGAAGAUGAAGAACUUGGCGAACAUCAUGCAGGGUAAAUCUAUCCCUGGCCUAGAGCAGAUGGAAGGGCUGCUCGGUUCUCGUAAGCCAAAGCCUGGCACUGCCAAGAGAAAGAAGCGCCGAACAGGAGAAGGGCUUGCGACGGCGCAGGGAUUUGCAUCCAAGCCAUCAGGGUUUGGUUCUAAGAAUUGAUAUUUAUUAGGGGGAUGGAGGCAUGUAAAUGAAACAUGUUGAGGAGGGGAAAAAAUAAGAAGUAUGAAGAUCGCCACUCUUUUCCCUUGGAAUUGGAAGAUUGCUAUUGAUUCGGAACUAAUUUCAAUGGUGCCACUGCAAGCCUGAUGGCGAGCUUUGAAUUGCAUCCUGAGUCUUUGUGUAUGUCCAGCAUCAUGGUUGUAGGAGCAGGAUCAGCGUCAGGAUCACUUUCUGGCAAUUGAUAGCAGUCUUGGAAUUCCGGUCACGAUAAGUGGUGCAAAAUCACAUCCUUCAUCAUCCUUGGCACUACUACUUUCUCAGCCUGGUGACCCUCGUCAUCCUCUUUCCCCUGUUCCAUCUGUUUCACUUGUCUUACCCAUUGGAACACCCAAGUUGUUCACAAUUCCACUCUGCACUCUGCAUGCUCCCACAGUUAGUUGUCUUUCCUGUGUGUGUGUGUGUGUGUGUGUGUGUGUGCAAGUGUGGAACCUUGUGUGUGGGACUGUCUGUGUUUGGAACUGUCUGUGUUUGCAACUGUGUUUGGAACUGUGUUUGGAACUGUGUACAAGAUGGACCCGUUUUCCAGCAGGUGCAGCUGCCCACCAAUCGAUGGAGCUCCUAGAGGAGGGUACUACGGGGCGCUGCUCUUAUCACACCUCGUAGUCCCCCCCAGCAGACUUAAAAAAAGGAAGGAGGGAAAGAAGACGACGACGAAGAAGAAGUGUUUGGAUUGUGUGGGGAACUGUGUUUGGAACUGUGUUGGAACUGUGUGGAACUGUGUUUGGAACUAUGUGUGGAACUGUGUGCGCGGAACUGUGUGUGUGGAACUGUGUUUGGGACUGUGUUUGUGUGCAUGUGCGUUUUGAUUCCAUAAAAUGACAGGUGAGGUUGUGGUGGAGGACACCAACUGCUCACCCUAGUUACAGGGGGGCAAAUGCCAAUGCUACUGAUGGUGAUAAGGAAAGGCCGCUGAUCCUGGAUCAUUGUCGAGUGCAGGGUGCUCCAUGUAUAUCUGGUUGAGCAGGAAGUGCUCGCACACCCGUCUUCCAAUCUAGGGGCCUAGCUCAGUCGGUACACCCAUGAACUGUUGAUAUGCUGACUCAAGUUCAAAUCCAGGUCCUGGUAUCUCAAGGUAUCUCACGGUAUCCCCCGUCUUCACAUAUGGUUCAUAAUUCACCUUGUAUCGUCAUGGGACGC